AUGAUGUGCUCACCCCAAUAUACCCACCCUGCGUACCCCAAAAUGCUCAUCCCCAUACACACCCCAAAGCACCCACCCCAGCCCACGCACCCCGAAACACUUCCUCCCAUUUGCACCCCACUAGGCUCCCACAAACCCGGUGCCCCCCUUGUUCCCCGCAGCUGCGCCCCAGGUUACACGGGUGACCCCACGGUGCGGGGGCAGGGCUGUGUCCCCGCGGGGCCCCCCCCGGCGCUGGCCGUGCGCGUGCACCCCCAGCGCACCGCAGUGCCGCAGGGCAGCGCCGUCACCCUGCGCUGCCACGCCGCCGGGGACCCCCCGCUCUACUACCACUGGGUGCGAGAGGACGGGCGGCCCCUCCCCGAGGGCGCCCAGAGCCGCCGGCAAGGAGAGGAGCUGCACUUCCCCAGCAUCCAGCCCUCUGAAGCCGGCGUCUACGUCUGCUCCUGCCGCAACCUGCGGCACAGCAACGCCAGCCGCGCUGAGGUCAUCGUCACCGAGACCCCCGACAAGCCCAUCACCGUCACCGUGGAGGAGAAGCGGGUGCAGCGGGUGCAGCCCGGCGCCGAUGUCACCUUCGUCUGCACCGCCAAGAGCAAGUCUCCCGCCUACACCCUGGUGUGGACACGGCAGAACCACGGGACGCUGCCGGCAGGCGCCGUGGACUUCAACGGGAUCCUGACGCUGCGCGGCGUGCGGCCCCAGGACGCUGGAGUCUACGUCUGCACCGGCUCCAACAUGCUGGACAUGGACCAGGGCACUGCCACGCUCUACGUCCAGACUGCCUCAAAGACUCAGAUGUUCUAUGGACCCGUUGAGUUCAUGGAAGGGCACAGACCGGCUGGCACCGCAAGCGCCCCCACCGCCACCGUGGAGCCGGCGCAGCUGAGCGUGGCACCGGGGCAGCCGGCCGAGUUCCGCUGCGUGGGCACCGGCAGCCCCCAGCCCACCCUUGAGUGGCUCGGUGCGCUGCCACCACAGGCUGUGGUUCAGGGCGGGACGCUGCGUUUCGCCGCGGUUGAGCCCGCUGAUGCCGGGCAUUAUGAGUGCCGGGCACGGAGCAGCGCCGGGCAGCACACGGCACGUGCCUUCCUCCAUGUGCAAGGCGCAGGCACCCCGCAGGUGCAGGUGAGCCCGGAGCGGACGGAGGUGCAGGAGGGCUCCACGGUGCGGCUCUACUGCCGGGUCUCGGGGACCCCCACCGCCACCAUCACCUGGGAGAAGCAGGGGGGCACUCUGCCGCCGCAGUCCCGCACUGAGCAUGGUGACAUCGCCACGCUUGUCAUCCCUUCUGUGACGGCGGCUGAUGGUGGCAUCUACCUCUGCGUGGGCACCAGCGCCGCCGGCACGGCCCAUGCCGCUAUCGAGGUGGCCGUGGUGCCAGGGGUGGCUCCGCCUGUCCGCAUCGAGUCCUCGUCCCCAUCUGUCACCGAGGGACAGACCCUGGACCUGGACUGUGUGGUGGCAGGACCCAGCUCUGCCACCGUGACGUGGUACAAGCGUGGGGGCUCCCUGCCCGCUGGCCACCAGGUUUCAGGGUCCCGGCUCCGUGUCCCCCACAUCACAGCAGCUGAUUCGGGGGAGUACGUGUGCCGGGCAAGCUUGGGGACCACUGCCCGGGAGGCAUCUGUCAUUGUCACCGUCGUGGCUGCAUCAGGCUCAUCCUAUGGAGCACCAGCUUCAGGUGUCCCUGUCCGGAUCGAGGCAUCCUCGUCCACCGUGGCCGAGGGACAGACUCUGGACCUCAAUUGCAUUGUGGCUGGGCAGGGACAGGCCACUGUCACCUGGUACAAGCGUGGGGGGUCCCUCCCAGCCAAGCACCAGGUAUCUGGCUCCCGGCUGCGGCUGCUGCAGGUGACAGCGGCUGACUCGGGCGAGUACGUGUGCCAGGUGACCAGUGGGGCCACCACCAAGGAGAGUGCGGUCAUGGUGACCAUCCAGCCCAGCAGUGCCAGUGCCUACUCCCCGGGCAACACGACUCCACUGCGCAUCGACUCCCCGUCCUCUGCUGUGGUUGAGGGACAGACCCUGGACCUCAACUGUGUCAUCGCCAGCCCUGCGCAGGCCACUGUCACCUGGUACAAGCGUGGGGGAACCCUCCCAGCCAAGCACCAGGUAUCUGGCUCCCGGCUGCGGCUGCUGCAGGUGACAGCAGCUGACUCGGGCGAGUACGUGUGCCAGGUGACCAGUGGGGCCACCACCAAGGAAACCUCCAUCAUGGUGACCAUCCAGCCCAGCAGUGCCAGUGCCUACUCCCCAGGCAGCACAACCCCACUGCGCAUUGAGUCCUCGUCCCUGUCAUCCCCCGUGACCGAGGGACAGACCCUGGACCUCAACUGUGUCAUCGCCAGCCCUGCGCAGGCCACUGUCACCUGGUACAAGCGCGGGGGAGCCCUCCCAGCCAAGCACCAGGUAUCUGGCUCCCGGCUGCGGCUGCUGCAGGUGACAGCGGCUGACUCGGGCGAGUACGUGUGCCAGGUGACCAGUGGGGCCACCACCAAGGAGAUCUCCAUCAUGGUGACCAUCCAGCCCAGCAGUGCCAGUGCCUACCCCGUUGGCGUCACCCCUCCGGUGCGCAUCGAGUCCUCGUCCUCCUCCGUGGCCGAGGGACAGACUCUGGACCUCAAUUGCAUCGUGGCCGGGCAGGGACAGGCCACUGUCACCUGGUACAAGCGCGGGGGAACUCUCCCAGCCAAGCACCAGGUGUCAGGCACCCGCCUGCGCAUCCCCCAGGUGACAGCAGCUGAUUCAGGGGAGUACGUGUGCCGGGUGACAUCAGGCAGUGUCACACAUGAGACAUCCCUCAUUGUCACCAUCCAGACUGGUGCUGGCUCCUCUUACGCUGUUGGUGUCACGCCACCAGUGAGGAUUGAGACUUCCUCCGCUGCUGUCACCGAGGGACAGACGCUGGACCUCAACUGCAUGGUGGCAGGACAGGGUCAUCCCCACGUCACCUGGUACCGGCGUGGGGGGGCUCUGCCUCCAAACAGCCAGGUGUCAGGGACCCGCCUGCGCCUUGCCCAAGUGGCAGUGGCCGAUUCAGGGGAGUACGUGUGCCGGGUGACCCUGGGGACCAUCACCCAGGAGGCAUCUGUCAUUGUCACCGUGCCCAGCAGUGCCGACAGCUAUUACACCUCUGGCAUCUCCCAGCCCCUCCGCAUCGAGUCCUUGUCCUCGGCCAUCGCCGAGGGACAGACCCUGGACCUCAACUGCGUGGUGGCAGGGUCCGGCCCCACCACCGUGACAUGGUACAAGCGUGGUGGCUCCCUGCCUGUUGGCCACCAGGUGUCGGGCACUCGCCUGCGCAUCCCCCAGGUGACAGCAGCCGAUUCAGGGGAGUACGUGUGCCGGGUGACAUCAGGUGGCAUCACGCAGGAGACAUCCCUCAUCGUCACCAUCGAUGACGGAGACAACCCACCCCGCUCCACCGGCAUCACGCCACCCAUCCACAUUGAGUCCUCGGCAUCCUCUGUCACCGAGGGACAGACUCUGGACCUAGACUGCGUGGUGGCCGGCCAGGGACAGGCCACCAUCACCUGGUACAAGCGCGGUGGGGCCCUCCCAGCCAAGCACCAGAUUUCGGGGUCCCGGCUGCGGCUGUCCCAGCUCUCGGUGGCUGAUUCGGGAGAGUACGUGUGCCGGGCCGACACGGGCAGCGUCUCCCGCGAGGCCGUUGUCUCUGUCACUGUCACCUCCCGUGACAGCUCCAGCUACCGUUUGCAGAGCCCCAUCAUCUCCAUCGACCCACACAGCAUGGCGGUGGCACCAGGUGAAGAUGCCACCUUCAAGUGCCGUGUCCACGAUGGCGCCCGGCCUGUCAACAUCACUUGGCGUAUGGGGCCUGGCCAGCACCUCCAAGACAAUGUGAAGAUCAGUGCCAACGGCUCGGUCAUCUCCAUCACUGGUGCCCAUGUGGGCAACCAGGGCGCCUACCACUGCGUGGCCUCCAACCGCUUCGGCGUCGCCAGCAGCGUCGUCAACCUCGUGGUGCAAGGCGCCCCCACGGUGUCAGUGAUGCCACCAGGCCCCGUGACAGUGAAGGAGGGCAAAUCCCUGAGCCUGGAGUGCCUGGGCCGGGGCGAGCCGCGGCCGCUGGUGCGUUGGAGCCGGCUGGGCUCCCGGCAGAAGGUGGAGCACCAGACGCUGCUGCACAUGGACAGCCAGGCCAUCCUGCAGCUCUCACCAGCCAAGCCGGAGCACGCCGGGACCUACGUGUGCACGGCGCACAGUGCCCUGGGCUCGGCGCAGGCACGGGUGGAUGUCAGCGUGGAGUCAGCACAGCGGCACCCCGGGGCCCCCGAGGUCACCGCGCCGUCCACCGUCACCGUGGUGGCCGGGGACACCGCCACACUGCACUGCAUGGCCAGAGGUGACCCAAUGCCCCGGAUCGAGUGGUCGAAGCUGCGGGCACCCCUGCCCUGGCAGCACCGCGUGGUGAACGGCAGCCUGGUCAUCCCUCGUGCUGCACAGCAGGACUCGGGCCAGUACAUCUGCAAUGCCAGCAGCCCCGUCGGUUCCACAGAAGUCUUCGUCACCCUCGAUGUGGAGACACCUCCGUACGCCACCAUCCUCCCGGAGGACAUGGCGGUGCGGGCAGGUGACGCGGUGCAGGUGCAGUGCCUGGCCCACGGCACGCCCCCGCUGCACUACACCUGGGACAAGGUGAACGGGAGCCUCUCGGCGCGCGUGGCCCACCGCGCCGGCCUCCUCCGCCUCAGCCCCGCGGCCCCCGCCGACACCGGCACCUACCGCUGCCUCGUCACCAACCGUGUCGGCACCGCCGAGGCCUUCGCCCGCGUGGCUGUUCAUGGUGAUGCUGGUGAAGGUGGGGACAUCGCUGGUGGUCCCUUGGUGGUGCGAGUGACACCAGGGAGCCUCGUCAAGGGGGUCGGUGGCACUGCCGAGUUCUCCUGCUCGGUCUCCGGGGACCCCCGUGCCCAUGUGGAGUGGCUGAAGGAAGGUGGGGAGCUGCCUGCCACCCACAGCGUGCGGGACGGCGUGCUGAGGAUGCCGGAGCUGGCGCCGGGGGCGCAGGGUGUGUACGUGUGCCGGGCCAGUGCCCCGGGCGGGCAGGCAGAGGACAGGGCCACCCUCACUGUCCAGGCUCUCCCCAGGGCCCUGAUCAACAUCCGGACCGCGGUGCAGACGGUGCUGGCAGGGACAACAGUGGAGCUGGAGUGCCUGGGCUUGGGGGAGCCCCGUCCCCACGUCACCUGGAGCAAAGUGGGGGGCCGCAUCCGCCCCGGGGUGCUGGUCCGCGCUGGCACCCUCACCAUCGAGCAGGUGGAGCGGGCGGACGCCGGGCAGUACCGCUGCACCGCCACCAACGCCGUGGGCACCGUCCAGUCCCAUGUCAUCCUCCACGUGCAAGCCGCUCCUCAAAUCGCCGGGCAGCCGGAGGUGAAGGAGGUGUCCCUCGGAUCGGCAGCUGUUCUGCCGUGCUUGGCAUCUGGCUUCCCAGUGCCAGAGAUCACCUGGAGCAAGCUGGAGGGGGAGCUGCCGGCGGGCGCCAGGGUGCAGGGGAACGUGCUGACGCUGCCGGCCGUGCGCCCCGAGGACGCCGGCGUCUACACCUGCGUGGCUGCCAACCACCGCGGCCAGCAGACAGCGUACUACGUGCUGAAGGUCCAAGAGCACGUGGUCCCCUACUUCGGGCAGUCGCCCCGCUCCUUCCUCCCCCUGCCCACCAUCAAGGACGCCUACAAGAGGUUUGAGAUCCUCAUCACCUUCCGACCUGAUGCUGCCGAUGGGCUUCUCCUGUACAAUGGGCAGCGGAAAAACAGCGGUGCUGACUUCAUCUCCUUCGGGUUGGUGGGUGGACGCCCCGAGUUUAGGUUUGACGCUGGUUCGGGCAUGGCCACCAUCCGUCACCCCACAGCGCUGCGGCUGGGCGAGUACCACACGGUGCGGCUGCUCCGCAACCUCACCUGGGGCUCGCUGGGCCUGGACGGGCACCCCGCCGUGAACGGCACCUCCCAGGGGAAGUUCCAAGGGCUGGAUCUGAACGAGGAGCUGUACCUGGGGGGGUACCCCGACAUCGGCGCUGUGGCAAAGACGGGGCUCAGCCGGGGUUUCAUGGGAUGUGUGCGCCAGCUCCGCAUCCAAGGGGAAGAGGUGGCCUUUGGGGACAUGGACCUGCAGGCACAUGGUGUCACCAAUUGUCCCACCUGCCAGGACCGGCCGUGCCAGAAUGGCGGCGUGUGCCAGGACGACGAGAGUGGCACCUACGUCUGCCGAUGUCCCCAUGGCUUCACUGGCAGCAACUGCGAGUACUCACGGGCUUUGCACUGUCACCCGGAGGCAUGUGGGCCUGAUGCCACCUGCGUCAACAGGCCGGACGGGCAGGGCUACUCCUGCCGCUGCCACCUGGGCAAGACUGGGGAGAGGUGCACCGAGGGUGAGGUGGUGAACGUGCCGUCGUUCGAUGAGGAGGGAGCCUUCGUCUCGUACCCGCCCCUCACCAACGUGCACCAUGAGCUGCGGCUGGAGGUUGAGUUCCUGCCGCUGGCGCCCGACGGGCUGCUGCUCUUCAGUGCUGGCAAAGCCGCCCCUGUCGAGGACUACGUGGCCUUGGCCAUGAUCGGUGGCCACCUCGAGUUCCGCUACGAGCUGGGCUCAGGCCCGGCAGUGCUGCGGAGCGCAGAGCCAGUGGCCCUGGGCCAGUGGCACUGGGUGACAGCUGAACGGGUUCACAAGGACGGGACACUGGUCGUGGACGAUGCCGCCCCGGUGAAACGCUCCUCGCCCGGCAAGAGCCAGGGGCUCAACCUGCGCAGCCCCCUGUACCUGGGGGGCACCGAGCCCCCCCUGCGCCCCCCCACCAACGCCUCCUUCCACGGCUGCAUCGGAGAGGUGUCCAUCAGCGGGAAGCGCCUGGAGCUGCGGGAGCGGUUCCUGCGCAGCCGGGGGGUGCGGCCCUGCGGCCACCGCGCCCCGUGUCGCCCGGGAACCCGCGGCCCGCGCUGCGAGGAUGAAGAGGAGGAGGAGGCCGAAGGCUGUCACCCCUCCCGGCCCUGCCUGCACGGUGGCUCCUGUGUCCAUGGCUCCUGCCGCUGCCCCCCUGGACACAGCGGGGCCCGCUGCCAGCACCGCUCAGCGCUGGCAGAGCUGGAGCAGGACUGGCAGGAGGGCAGCGGGGGUGGCGAUGCCCCUGGGCAGUUCAGCGCUGCAUUCCAGGACGGGUCCUACCUGGCCCUUCCCGGGCACCUCUUCCCUCGUGGCCCCCCCGAGGCUCCCGAGACCAUCGAGCUGGAGCUGCGGACGCGCAGCGCCCAGGGGCUGCUGCUGUGGCACGGCGCGGAGCCCGGCGAGGGUGGCAAAGCCAAAGAUUUCCUUGGCCUCGGGUUGAAGGAUGGGCACCUGGUGUUCAGCUACCAGCUGGGCAGUGGCGAGGCCACCAUCACCUCUGAAGACCCCGUCAAUGACGGCGAGUGGCACCGGGUGACGGUGACAAGGGAGGGCCGGCGUGGGCAGCUCCAGGUGGACGGAGAGGAGCCGGUGAGUGGGGAAUCACCUGGAUCCAACGUCAUGGCCAACACCGAGGGCAGCAUCUACGUGGGCGGAGCCCCCGACCCCCGCGCCCUGACCGCCGGCAAGUUCAGCUCGGGCCUCUCGGGCUGCGUGCGGGGCCUGGCGCUGGAGUCCGCCGGGAUCCCCCGACACCCCAUCGACCUCCGGCACGGCGCCCUGGGGGGCUCCCCUGUGCCCCCCUGCCCCUCUUAACCCCCCCGAAACAGAGUUUGGGGGGAAUUUGGCCAAGUUUAUUCUUUUCCAAAAAUACCACCAGGAGGAAACGGUGCUUCGCUGCCCCGGGGUGACUCUGGGGGGGGGGGCCGGGACCCCCAAAAAUGUUUACACCCCCCUUCCACCGGCCCCCCGAAACUGUGCCGGGGCGGCCGGGCCGCCUGGGUGCCCCCCGGGGUGGCGGCGGGUGGGGGCGCGAGGGACAAUCGGGGUGCUGGCGGGGACCCCCCCGCGGGGACAGCUAUUAAAGGAGAGACAACCA